CUGAACAAAAUGCUCCGGAUCUCUUCUAACCUGAGCUAGCUGGAAGCAGCCCUCAUACUGAAUUAACACAUGUAAGUUUCAAAAGGAAGGAAAAGGGUUUCAGAUGGGCCCAACCUAGGAAAGCUGGAUGUGGUCAGGGUGCCUGCAGAGUGCAGUUCCAACAGCCCAGUUGUGUUCAGGAACGUAUUUUCCCAAUCAAAAAUCAGCACUCUGGGACUCCUGCAUCAAAAAAGCAGGGACUGAUGGCCUGGCAGGGAACAGGAACAAGGACCUAUAGGCCUCAAGUAGGUGGUGAUUGUUUGAAAAUAGAGGUAUAAGAUACAUACAAUCUUAUAGGUAAUCAUUAAUGUAUACUAGAUGAUUUUUUACAUAGUGAUACACCGCUGUAACCCCACCCAGAUCAAGAUGUGGAAUAUUUCCAGCCACCCCAUAAAGUUCCCAUACCCAGAGUGAUUUAUAAUCAACAAAGAUAAAUCACUUGAAAUCAGAAAAGAAAACCAGAAAGCAAGUUAAGAAACUUUGAAAGCUGGGCACGUUAAGGCCCAGUUUGGGAGAGGGUAUUAAGUAAAAAUUAGACAAACCCUACUUUUAUCUUCUCUUAGUUGUGGAUGUAGAGUGCUGUGCAUUCAGUCAUUGCGUCCCUGGAUCCUCACAAUGACUCUGCAAUAUAGUAAAGAUUUAGUCUUCUUUUGCACGUGAGGAAAUAGAAACCUGUUCAGAAUUUCUGAGGUAAUCAUCCCCACCCCAAGCAGGAGAGGAAAAGAACUGCAUCUCUUGAAUUUGCGCAGCGGAUCCAGCCACGUGGCAGAAGGAACUCGGGUGGGGGAGGCCUGGAGUCAGGUUACCAAGCAGUGUCGCUCCAGCCCGCUCAUUGGCGGGCGUUCCAGGCCCCAGGUAUAAAGGCUCAGGCCGACUGUCCUUGUACUUUAGUACUGAACCCGGCCGCGCGCCCUUUGAAUUUCCCAGAGGCUGCAGGCAGAACGGUGCGAGACCCUUCGGACGCUGGACCUCAGGCAGAUCAGCUCCAGCAGAGAGUCGCCCAGAUCCAGCACCUGCCUCUUGAUGUCGUGCCUGGAGCGGCUCCGUUUGGGCCCCCAGCGUAUCCUGCGGGGCGGAAACUGGCGUCGCCAGGGUCGGGCCGGCGGAACCACUGCCAACACGCCUGCCAAGUGCGCAAACGUCCUCACCCCAGACAGCAUCCCUGAGUUCUGCAUACCCCCGAGACUCGCUCCCUGCCCCGCCCUGGCUGCAGUCCGAAACUCCUGGGUGAAAAUAGCAGGGACUGACGACGGCGCCGGGCACACGGACUGGGACCCGCGCUCGCAGGCCGCGCUCUCGCUGCCUCACCUGCCCCGCACGCGCUCUGCCUACGGCUUCUGCGCGUUGCUGGAGAGCCCGCACACCCGCCGCAAGGAGUCGCUCUUCCUUGGGGACCCGGGAGCCGGAGUGCUCCUGCUGCAGCCCGCCGCCCCUCCCGCGCCCCGCCCCCGGGCCCACACCUACCACUGCAGCGGGGGAGGAGACGCCCCCCUCCUGCCCUAUGGUCGAGCCCCAGACACCACCCCUGCGGCUCCCGGCUGUCCCCGCCCGUCCCACAGUACGCGUGCUCGACGUCCACUUGGCCACCGCCUCCUGCGCGCCUCCGAAAGACUGCUCAACAGCGCGCUGAAGACCUCGAGGGGUCACGACCUGGCCUGCGCCCGCUCUUUGUCCAGGGGGGAUGAGGCUGAGAAUAAGAAGCGCGGCGCCGACUCGGGGUCGCCGGCCUGGACCCUCUCCGCCGCCCCUCCAUUGUCUCCCAGCCCGCGGCCGGAGCGCCUAGAAGCCGAGGGCACCGUGGCUCUGGGUCGCGCCGGCGGCGCUCUGAGCCUGGCUGCCGAGUACAGUCCGGCCAGCGGGCGCCUCCGCCUCCGCCUGCUCCGUCCAGUGGGCCCGGCAGGAGGAGCCGCCGAGCCCCGCGCCGCCGGCUGCCGCGUCAGCCUGGUCCUGCAGCCACCCGGCAGGACUCGCCAGCAGCGCAACUCCGUGAGGCGCGGAAGCCGAAAGGCCGUCUUCGGCUAGGACUUCUGCUUCAAGGGACUCUCUGAGAAGAAGGGCAGUGGCCAGGGCGAGUUGCUGCUGGGCUCCCUCCUGCUGCCCUGA